CACGCGCAUGCGCGGCGAGUGCAUUCCGUGUGGGCAAGGUGUCGUGUGUAAGAAAUGAAUGAAGCAUAGCUAUGUCACAUGAUUUCAGCACUGUCAACAGUCUCAUACACAGGAACUGGAGAUGGUGUUUGUGUCUUGUUCUGGCUCCAGUCUAUCACCAACUGAGCCUCGAACAUGGACACCAUAAGCAGAGUUCUCCACCACAUCACACUUCUCUUGCUGUCUGUUUUUAUUAGCACUACCUAAUGAAAUGAAAACACAAGUGCAAACCCUCGGCAAACUGCGCCCU